CUAAGAUGCACCCCCACCCUACCUGCCCCUUCUCCUCCCCGGAAGAGGAUCCUCUUCCCCCUCCCCAUCCCCAGUUCAACCUGGUGCUGCUUGACGAUGGUGUCCUGAAAAGGUAAAAGGAUAACGACGUCUAAGGUGUACUUGUUGGGGAAAAUGUCAUCAUCAGAGGCAUCGAGUAUCACAUUUACAUUGUUAAAGGAAAUCACAGAUGAUUUUUCCGAGGAGAAAAUGAUCGGUAGAGGUGGCUUUGGAGAAGUUUACAAGGCAGUGCUAAAUAAUGGGGACGAAAUCGCUGUAAAGAAGCUUUUCCCCAUCUAUGACCUUGACGAUACGAAAUUUGAUAAUGAAUUCAGUAACCUUAUGAGUGUUCAGCAUAAAAAUAUCGUACGGCUGCUUCGUUACUGCUAUGAGACAAAACGUGGACAUACCUUUCAGAAGGGAAAAUGUUAUUUUUCCGAAGAAACAGAGCGAGCUCUGUGCUUCGAAUAUAUGCAGGGAGGAAGCCUUUCCCAGCACAUUUCCAAGAACUCAUGCAAAUACGAUUGGCCAACCACAUACAAAAUAAUUGAAGGGACUUGUGAGGGCCUGCAUUACCUUCAUAAAGGGCGAGGAGAGCAGCAUUAUAUUUAUCAUCUUGACUUAAAACCGGAUAACAUAUUGUUGGAUGAAAAUCUAGUGCCCAAAAUCGGAGACUUUGGUUUGUCGAGGCUCUUUGGUGAGUCAAAGACCUACGAAAUAAGCAAAAAAAAAGGAACCGCUGGGUUCAUGCCACCAGAAUACAUAGAUUAUGGCAAGGUGACACCAAAGAAUGAUGUGUUCAGCCUCGGGGUUGUAAUUUUCUACAUGUUGGCUGGAAAAAAGGGCUAUGGUCAUUAUAGAGACGCGCUUCUUCGUCAGAAUUAUUCAGAUAAAUUUAUUAUCGAUGGUGUACAAGAAUCCUGGAAGAAAAAGAUGGAAGCAGUCAUGGGGUAUAGGUGGGACGAAACAGACAUCCUAGGAGUAAGGAAAUGUACCGAAAUUGCAAUCAGUUGCGUGCACAACAACCGGGACAAUAGGCCUUCUACUACAAUGAUUAUCGAGAAGCUGAAGAAACUAGAUGCUCGCAUCAAAGAAAUGCUAAAGGAAGAUCCAAAGCCUCCUAUGCCAUUGGGAAAACUUACAGACCUGGAAAACAAUGUCAAAAGGAAAAAUUGUCACAAUGAAGAUUUAGGAAAAUAUAUUGUGGUGGACCCGUCUGUGGAGCUCUGCUUCCCAUUCGAGCCAAAGAGGGACAUACCAUGUUGCCUGCAGCUCAUCAACAAAUCGGGCAGCUUUGUUGCCUUUAACAUAAACACAGACCCAAACAAGUGUCGAGCGCAGCCUAACAGAGGAAUUUUGGCACCAUUAUCCAAUUGCUACAUCAUCCUAACUUUGCAAGCACAGGAGAAGGUACCGCCGAAGAUGACGUGCCAUGAUAAGGCCAUUGUGCAGGCCACAAGAGUGUCGAAGGGCUUCACAUCGGAUAAAAUCACUCAAGACUUCCUCAAGAAAUCCAGCGCCGUGGAUGUGGCGGAAUUGCCGAUUGUUUAUGUUACUUCGCCACAAGGACCAAGCAAUUGAAACUAUUUGUCCAGUAUUUGCUUACUUCUACAUCACAUGUGGACUGCUCCUCCAUUUAUCUUUUCUCUACCAUCUGAACAAAUGUAUUGUAAUGGCAUUAUUGAUGAUCUGCGUUGUUCUUGACUAGAAACAGAAUAAUGAUUGCUAUAUAAUUAUCCAACUCUA